AGUCCGCUGGCGGGGCAGUUGUCGUGCUGGACUCGCUGUGUGUUGAACGCUCUGGUUUUCAUUUCGAAUGCGUGGGAUCGGCUCUACAUAUCGACUUAACUCAAAAUAAUCCACUAAUUACCAUUUUUCGGGUUCUCAUUCAAUAAUUACUCCUUAUUAUUACUGUUUGAUUUCAAUUGAUAUUGGGAAGAACAUUUAUAUAAAAAUAUAAUCAUCUGAAAAUUACUUACUGGAAAAGGCGAUCAGUCUGCUCGGGAAUUUAGCCUCAGGAUGUGGUUGCUACUGCUUUUGCUGGCCUUAAUUUCGCCCUCGUGGCAGGAAAAUGCCACAGUGAUCACCAGUAGUUAUGUGACCAAAGCAGGAUGUGAAGCCCUGGUCAAGGAGCCAAAUCUCUGCGAUUGCCAGGAUCAGGAGAUCAAGUGCGAGAAUCUCCAGUUGCACAGUGAUAAUCUGAAUUUGUACGGCAUAAGUUGUAGUAUCUUCGAUGCCAGAGGGUAUGGUUAUAUACCACCUCUUCAAGUGGGUAAUAUUGGCUCCCUGAUCGUUCAAAAUUGCGCCAUACCAAAUGCCCAGAGUAUCAAGUACCUGCUCAGUAAACUGGGUGUAAGUAACUACACCGAACUGGAGAUCUUCAACUACUUUGAUCCCAAGAAAACCGAUCGCGGUGAGGUUCUGCAGCAGCACUAUACAGAUCACGAGGGUCUCAAGAAGGUGUCCAUCAUUGGUUUCAAGUCCACAUUGCCGGAGAAUUUUUUGGAAAACCUGCCGGCUCUCAAGCAACUCUCCUUGAAAGGAAGUAGUGAUCUUCCCGGCUCAAUUCUGCAUAAUCUGAAGAACUUAACCCAUCUGGAAAUUGUGGUCAAGAACUUGGGCAAGGUGUCCGGUGAUAUAUUCGCCAAGCAGACCAAACUAAAGCACCUGAUGAUCGAUUGCGAUGCCAAGAAUAGUAGUGUGGAAAUGUCAGCUUUUGGACCCCAGGAACUUUGGCACAUGACCGAUCUCCAGUCGGUUGAGAUCUUCAACUGCGGCGAUAAUGUGCCCACCGAGUUGUUCUGGAUGUCAGAACAGUUGGCCUACAUUGGAAUAAGGAGUAAUAUUAGCUAUCUCAGCAAGGACUUCUUUAAGGUGCAGAAGAAACUGCUCACUUUGCGGUUGGAGAGGAACAAUAUUGCCCGACUGCCCGAUCAGCUCUUCCGGAACACUCCUCUGCUUUUGGAAAUACACCUGGCAUUUAACAAUUUGGAUCGUAUUCAGAGUGGUCUCUUUGACAAGCUAAGGAACCUACAGGUGCUGAAUUUGGAGCACAAUCCGAUAACCACCAUCGCUCUGAAUGCCUUUACCCCCAUACCAACUGCCCAUAUCUACGUGGGUAAACUCUUCAAGGCGGCGAAAAACAAUGCCGACUGGGCUCGAUCCACGAAUGCCACAAUCUGCGAGGAGGAGUAUAUCUACGGGGUGUGCAUCUACUGCAAACGAGAUGAGUAUCUGGACCACUUUGCCGACUCGGAGAACUGCAACAAACCGAAUCCAAAGGCCAAGGAUGUGCUGGCCAGGAAGGCCUACGAGAAUCAGCUGAAGGCCAUGCCCACCCACUCCUGGAAAAAGGCCAAGGAAUAUCCCGAGAAGGAGGAAAAGCCCUAAGCCCCAAAACGCUUCACUGCGAUUUUACGCAUCGGUACUAACUAGUGUAUGGAUUUAUGAAUUGUUUAUGUCUACAACUAUAAUGAGAUUAAAAUAAACUGCAAAUAGAAUAAGCGAGAAGAACAAUGUGUUUAAUCUUCUUUCAAGUUUUAACUGGAAAUAAUUACUUAUUGUAUGUCAAAUAAAUUACAUACAAUGCUGUAAUUUUUUCAGUUUCAUUUAAAUCUUCAAAUACAGAUUGUAACGCAAGCUUAUAAUUUAAAAAUAUACAUAUUUUUAACAAAAUUCUCUUAGUAAUACAAAUAAAAUAUAGAUCUUUAAAUGUAAUUUCAAAAAAUAAAUCAGAAUAACUGAAAACUAACUGACAUUCUAUUGACUAAGCAACAAAUUAUAAUGAUAAAGUAAUGUUUUUAUUGUUUGAAAGUAACUUUGAAAUAAAUUCAACUUAAAGAUGGUUCGCA